CUUUCUCGCCCAGCCCGCCAAGGGUGGGGUUUGGCCCGCGAGGGAUGCUGGAGGUGGCCAGGCCGGAGAAAUUCCUUCCAUUUCCCCACUGGCUGCGGGGAAUGAGUCUCAGGAGUUUGGGAGGUCGGCUACCAGGACUGGGAGUCGGGAAGGACCAGGAUUGCCCGGUGCAACCCCUUCGUGGGAUUGAGCCGAGAAACCGAGCCUGGAAGCCGUCUCGUGGAGUCAGGAGUGGACCUGGGAUUAGAAAUGCUGCAGAGGUGGCAUUUACAGUGGUUUCCAGUGGAGUAUUAAUUUGGGUUUGGGGCUAGUACUAGGGGCGUGCUGGGAAAAGAAAGGCUGGGCAGAGGUAGGGGGGUGCUGAUGGAUUAGGGUACUGAUAACAGCCUGGCUGGAAGGCUCCAGUGGUGGCUUCAGGCUUGGUGCUAGACCUGCUCCUAGUGACUUGGAUGAUGACUUGAAAGGAAAGCCAGCUGACUCUUUGUAGUGACCUAGAGCUGAGAGGAAUGACAAUGCCAAGUGUAUAGUAUGAUAAAGCCAAGAUUUCAAGCGACGGCAGCCAAGCAGAAGGAUGGACCAAGGCUACCAGGGUGAAUGUGACUGAUUAUAAAUGUUGAGGCCUGUGCUAGAGUUAAGAAAAUUAGCUGAGAAGUUCAACCCAGCUACCCAGGUCCUGGAGUUUCCCACUUACUCUCUGGUGUUGGCUGUCAAACUGCUUGGUGCCCACUAAGCAGGUCCAAGGAGGGAAGGGUGAUGCCUGGCCCUGCGCUCCCUGGUUGGGCUCCCUGGGUUCUAAUCCCAGCUUUGUCACUUGCCGGCUGUGUGGCCUUGGGCAGGUUGCUUAACAUUGCUGUGCCUUAGUUUCCUCUUUGGUAAAAUGUUCAUCAUAAUAAUCCCUUCCUCAGAGUGUGGUGAGGCUAAAAUGAGAACAUGCAUGUAAAGUGCUUAGUAAUACAUCUUUAGCAUGUGAUGUUCAACAAAUAUUAGCUUUUGUUGUUGUUGUUGAUAAUAGUAAUACGCUUAUUUCUGGGUGAGGACAUUGGCCAGUGCAGAGUUUAUAUGCCAUCAGGAAGCUAUCAGGGCUGCAGAGGGUCUGUCAGCAAUGUCCUGCUGCAAGGAGUUUAGUUAAGAAAAGACUCACAUACCUGAUAGGAAGAGAAGAAGGAGGUUUCAGGGGGGCCCUGGGCUGGAGGCUCUUGAGUCAGUUGUGACUCAGCAUAGGGAAGAACCCUCAGACUGGUUCUGUCCUGGAAUGAAGGGACAGCUCUUUAGCUGCAUGUCCUCCCCACCUUCUUUCAAGCCACUGACUGACCCUCCUCCCAGCCCGGUUCUGAUGCAGGCAUGUGUGAGUGCUCCUCUCCUCUAUUCCACCGGUACUUACUGAGUACCUGCUAGUGUUAAGCUCUAGUUUAGAGACGGAACUCUGCAGCGAUUGAGACAGACAAGUGAACAAAUGAACACUGGUCCUAUGGAGACGAUAAAAAUAGGUUAAUGUGGCAGGGUGGGAGUGGAGGUGAAGUCGGAGUGGAAACCUGACUGAUGAGAAGGAACUCACCAUAUGGACAUUGUGGACAGUGACUUUCCUGGCUGAGGGAACAGCCAAUGUGAAAGGCUCUGAGUUGGGAAAGAAAGCCCAUAGGACUGGAGCACGGUGAGAAGGAGGCUCAGGAAGGGUUCAGUACUGAAGUCUGGCCUGUUGCUCCCACUCCAUUUGGAGGCUACCAUUUUCUCCUUCUCCACUCCCACUCAGCCAGUUUGCCUUCUGCACAGUGCUGACUGUAAUUGACCUGGAUUUGGGCCCCCAGUGUUACCUCCUGGGGCCCAGGGAUCUUGGGUUGCUCCUUCUGGGGUCUCCCACUGUUCAUGGCUCACAGUCUGGCUCACAGUAGGCCCUCAGUAAAUGACAGGAAAUGGGAUCAGAUACCUGCUUUAAGAUGUUAUGAAUCAUUUUCUGGUCUCCAACUGGAUCCCCGACUCUGGCCUCCUUUUCAGAUGCAGGCCUCCACCAUGGACAGAGGCCAGCCCCAGCCCCUCCCUGGUGUCAGCUCCUUCUGCCAGGCCCUGAAGGCCCAAGGGAUGGCUGAGUGUUGUUCAAGGUCUGUCAGUCCAUCCAGAGUGGGCUCCCUGAGGCCACCAGGAAGAGUCCCCAACCAACACCGGGAUUCUCCCUUGGUGCAGUUGUCUAGGACCUCUGAGAGUCAAAGCAGAUCGUGUGGAAGAAACUGAGAUGCCCUGUAUCCAAGCCCAAUAUGGGACACCAGCACCAAGCCCAGGAGCCCGUGACCACCUGGCAAGCGACCCCCUGACCCCUGAGCUCAGCAAGCCCAACAUGGACCUGGCUAGCCCCGAGGCGGCCCCCGCUGUCCCCACUGCCUUGCCCAGCUUCAGCACCUUCAUGGACGGCUACACAGGGGAGUUUGACACCUUCCUCUACCAGCUGCCGGGAACAGCCCAGCCGUGCUCCUCGGCUUCCUCCUCGGCCUCCUCUACAUCCUCAUCGUCGGCCACCUCCCCCGCCUCUGCUUCCUUCAAGUUCGAGGACUUCCAGGUGUACGGCUGCUAUCCUGGCACCCUGAGUGGCCCCCUGGAUGAGACCCUGUCCUCCAGCGGCUCUGACUACUAUGGCAGUCCCUGCUCAGCUCCGUCACCGUCCACGCCUAGCUUCCAGCCACCCCAGCUCUCUCCCUGGGACGGCUCCUUCGGCCCCUUCUCACCCAGCCAGACUUAUGAAGGCCUGCGGGCAUGGACAGAGCAGCUGCCCAAGGCUUCUGGGCACCCCCAGCCACCGGCCUUCUUUUCCUUCAGCCCUCCAGCUGGUCCCAGUCCCAGCCUGGCCCAAAGCCCCCUGAAGCUGUUCCCCUCACAGGCUGCCCACCAGCUGGGAGAGGGAGAGAGCUAUUCCAUGCCAACAGCUUUCCCAGGCCUGGUGCCCACUUCUCCACACCUUGAUGGCUCGGGGAUGCUGGAUGCACCCGUGAGCUCAGCCAAGGCCCGGAGUGGGGCUCCAGGUGGAAGCGAGGGCCGCUGUGCUGUGUGUGGGGACAACGCUUCAUGCCAGCAUUAUGGCGUCCGCACCUGCGAGGGCUGCAAGGGCUUCUUCAAGCGCACAGUGCAGAAAAAUGCCAAGUACAUCUGCCUGGCUAACAAGGACUGCCCUGUGGACAAGAGGCGGCGAAACCGCUGCCAGUUCUGCCGCUUCCAGAAGUGCCUGGCUGUGGGCAUGGUGAAGGAAGUUGUCCGGACAGACAGCCUGAAGGGGCGGCGGGGACGGCUCCCUUCAAAGCCCAAGCAGCCCCCAGACGCCUCCCCUGCCCAUCUCCUCACCUCCCUGGUCCGGGCACACCUGGACUCAGGGCCCAGCACUUCCAAACUGGACUACUCCAAGUUCCAGGAGCUGGUCCUGCCCCACUUCGGGAAGGAGGAUGCCGGGGACGUGCAGCAGUUCUACGACCUGCUCUCCGGUUCCCUGGAGGUUAUCCGCAAGUGGGCCGAGAAGAUCCCGGGCUUUGCCGAGCUGUCCCCGGGUGACCAGGACCUGCUGCUGGACUCAGCCUUCCUGGAGCUCUUCAUCCUGCGCCUGGCCUACCGGUCUAAGCCAGCUGAGGGGAAGCUCAUCUUCUGCUCAGGCCUGGUGCUACACCGGCUGCAGUGCGCCCGAGGCUUCGGGGACUGGAUCGACAGCAUCCUGGCCUUCUCUCGGUCCCUGCACAGCUUGGUUGUCGACAUCCCUGCCUUCGCCUGCCUCUCUGCACUUGUCCUCAUCACAGACCGGCACGGGCUGCAGGAGCCGCGGCGCGUGGAGGAGCUGCAGAACCGCAUCGCCAGCUGCCUGAAGGAGCACGUCUCGGCCGAGGCCGGUGAGCCCCAGCCGGCCAGCUGCCUGUCGCGCCUGCUGGGCAAGCUGCCUGAGCUGCGGACCCUGUGCACCCAGGGCCUGCAGCGCAUCUUCUACCUCAAGCUGGAGGACUUGGUGCCCCCUCCACCCAUUGUGGACAAGAUCUUUAUGGACACACUGCCCUUCUGACCCCAACCCGGGAACACGCGUGCACUGUGUAUGUACGCUCGGACGCCACCCCACGUGCCUUUUAGCCCAUGGCCCACGGACCUCUGGAGCACCACCCCAGGCCCGGGCCUGAGCUGCAGACUGGCCGGCUCUCCCCGGCUUGCCCUGGGAGGUCGGCAGGGAGCUCACGCCCUGGGGGAGGGGAAUGCAUUCACGGGGUGACCCCUACUAUUUGUCUUACUCCCCCAGCCCAGCCCUGGCCUUCAUGUUUUUGUAAGAUAAACCGUUUUUAACACACACACACCGCCAUGCUGUAAAUAAGCCGAAUGCUGCUGUAAAUACAGGAAGGAAGAGGUUGAGGUGGGAGUAGGGGCUGGGAGGGGAGGGAGGGGGCCCCCACCGGCCUGGGCCCGCCUGUCCCAGCCUCCUCCUACUUGCUCUCUCUUCCCAGCCUCCUUCCACAUGUACAUAAACUCACUCUAAGAGGAAGACAAAUGACAGAUUCUGACAUUUAUAUUUGUGUAUUUUCCUGAAUUUAUAGUAUGUGACUUUUCUGAUUAAUAUAUUUAAUAUAUUGAAUAAAAAAUAGACAUGUAGCUGAA